UGCAUAAAAACACUAUAAUGUUGUUAUCGAUAAUAAAAAAGUGCAAUAUUCUUUAAUGACUUUUUGAACAGGAUUUACGCUUUGAAUACAGAGUCUUUAAGAGUUUUUGGUAGAUCCGGACAAUGUCGAACGAGUGCUUUGUGCCCCGGCUGCCGGUGGACAGAGAGGCGAUCCAGUUCCACGGCUGGGCCAUCAGCUACGAGAAAUCGCACAUCCUGAAGAGCAGCUGCAAGCUGGGCACCACCGAGUGCUGCCCCAAGGAGGCAGCCGACCGCUGCGACCUCUGCCACUACCAGUACUCCCUGGAGCUGCCCCACCUGCCCGACAUGGUGUUCCACAAGAACCACCUGGUGCUCAAGCACAAGGACGGCGCCGUCAUCGAGUUCCGGCCCAUGGAGGCGCUGGCCAUGGUGUCCAACGGAAAGCAGCCGCUGGAGGUUGCCUGCGCCCAGGAGUGGCGGGAAACCCGUUCCGAGCAGACAAUGGAGGAGAAGUUCAAGCCCUUCGACUGGACAUUCACAACCACCUACCAGGGCACCAUGAACGAUAAGGUGCGUUCGGAGAGCACGGAUCAGACACUCAACAAGUUCAAGCUGAUGCAGCGCGAGAACAUCAUAUUCUACCAUGAUCUUACGCUCUUCGAGGACGAACUGCACGACCACGGCAUUUCCGUGAUGAGCGUGCGAAUUCGCGUGAUGCCCUCUGGUUUCUUUAUACUUCUGCGCCACUUCCUGCGUGUGGACGACGUGCUCAUCCGGAUGCACGACACGCGCUUUCACUACGAGAUCGAGAACGACUUUAUACUGAAGGAGUACAUCCACAGGGAGGCGCCCUGCUCAGAGCUCCAGAACUCCGUUGCCUUUUGGACCAACCCAGAUGAAAUGCAGAACUUUUUGCCCGUUAAGAGCAAGCAGAUGCACAAGCUGUUCUUUAAGUAGUCCACUGAUGCCCAGCCCCAGGCCUUUGUCAAACUCCGUAUUAGUUAGAACUGCUGCUAUGUGCGUUUAUUUAAUGCCACCGGGUGUGCGCAUGCGCAGACAUUAAAAGCGAUUUACCUAAAAGGCACACUACAAGUACGGCUAUUAAUACGGAUAAAAUAUUGGGCGGACCAGCUGCCAACAUCCCUAGGUUUAGGCGGUUCCAAGUAGGGCGGUUAGGGCCCGUUUGUAGUCGCCAGAGGUCUCCGCCUGAAAAAGAGAUAAAAACGGGAUGAAAGGAAAUCCUUGAUUCAUGCCCUAAUUACACUACAAUUAUGUUUAUAAACAUACGAUUAUAAAUAGUUUUUAGUAAGCCAAUAAUGAAAUUUAGAAAAUUAA